GUAAGCAGCCAGAGGCUCUAACUCCCCAGUAAAACCUAGGGAUUAUCUACAUCACUGCAGGCUUGCUAGAGCUGGUUCUUAUUUUUAAAUGUUAUCUCAAUAGAACCUGCGCUUGAAGUUGGAAAUUAUAUAGAUAGAUUUUUUUUUUUGAUGGCCAGUGAUAUAUAUUAGAAAUAUGAAAACUAUUUUUAGACUCUAUGUGAAGUAAAUUCACCUCUCAACUUCACCUUUUUUAUUAUCAUUUAAGAGGAAAGUAAUUAGUUUACGCCAUGACAAUCCAGCUCUUUCUUGCUCUGCUGCUGGUUACCAUGCAGGCACUCCUGACAGAGCCGUUCUGUUCGGCCUGCAGCAUGUCCAGCCAGCCAUUGGACGGGCUAACUACCAAAGAUAUCCUCAUAGAAGUGGCCAAACAGAACAUUCUGAACAAGCUUAACCUGAGGCAACGGCCAAACAUCUCACACACAGUCUCCAGGCAGACUUUGGAAGAAGCAUUGCUGAGGCUGAACUUGAGACCUGAUUCUGGAGCAGAGUUUUCAAAAGACAAUGAAGAAGAUAGUGAUGACUUGGACACUAAUCAAGAUUAUGAAAUUAUCAGUUUUGCUGACAUAGACAACUCAGAGACUACUAGAGCCACCCUUCAUUUCCACCUGUCCACUGAGAAAUCGAUACAACAGGAGAUCAUUCAUGCUGAUGUAUGGCUCUAUCUUUACACGGUUCCUGGCAGAAAGGUAACCCUAAGUCUCACAACAUCUCUACUCAAUCAGCAGUCAUCAGAAGAUAUGGUUAAAAUUGAAGUUGUAAGGAACAGUUGGUACACCGUACCUUUGCCAUCUCUCACCAAAAGAGUUCUUAAUGAUGGAGAUGAGAACAUAUAUCUGGAAUUGAAGUGUUUAAAUUGCUACUAUUUGCCACUGAUGAAAAAUAUUACUGAUUCCCAGCACCCAUUCCUUGUUGUAAAGGCACGCAACAUAAAGGAGGCAUCUCGUAAUCGUAGGCAUAUUACAGACUGCUUAAGUGAUAUGGAUAUGUGCUGUCUUAAGAACUUUUAUAUUGAUUUCAAAGAGAUUGGAUGGAGUGACUGGAUUAUCAAGCCAGAGGGUUAUAACAUGAACCUAUGUGAAGGUCGAUGUCCUAUACACUUGUCCAGAGUACCAGGAAUUGCUGCAUCUAGUCAUACUGCUAUAUUUAGCCUUAUCAAGGCUAACAAUGUGUAUUCUAGCCUUAGCUCCUGUUGUAUUCCCACCAACCGGAGGCCAUUGUCAGUGCUUUACUUUGAUAAGAAUAAUGCCAUUGUAAAGACAGAUAUUCCUGAUAUGAUAGUGGAAAGCUGUGGUUGCACAUAAUGCACUCUUCCAUUUUAACUGAUUAAUGAAAUAUCUGACCAAGUGUUGGUUUUAUAAAAGUGUGAACCUCCUAUACUGAGAAACAUACAUUCUAGGUGGGACUGUCUGAGCAAUGCAAAU